CCGCGAAGAGGACACCGAAAGGGGUAAAGCUAAAACCUUGUCCGUAGAAAAGCCGGCGAGGAGAGAGAGAGAGAGAGAGAGAGUUGUCGGAUUGAAUUGGUGGGUAACUAACUAUGACAGCUGCGGGUCUAGGGCAGCUGAAUCUGGAGGAGUCUACUCCGAUUCGUGGGUCCCGCAGUGUCGAUUGCUUCGAGAAGCUUGAACAAAUUGGCGAAGGCACUUACGGACAAGUGUACAUGGCGAAAGAUAUCAAAACUGGUGAAAUUGUGGCACUUAAAAAGAUCCGUAUGGACAAUGAACGAGAAGGGUUUCCUAUAACUGCUAUCCGAGAGAUUAAAAUCCUGAAGAAGCUUCAUCAUGAAAACGUCAUCCACUUGAAAGAGAUUGUCACUUCUCCAGGUCGAGAUAGGGAUGAUCAAGGAAAGCCAGAUAAUAACAAAUACAAGGGAGGGAUCUACAUGGUUUUUGAGUACAUGGAUCAUGACUUGACUGGACUUGCUGAUCGUCCUGGACUCAGAUUCACUGUUCCUCAGAUCAAGUGUUACAUGAAGCAACUUCUCACUGGCCUUCACUAUUGUCAUGUGAAUCAAGUCCUUCACCGUGAUAUAAAAGGAUCAAAUCUCCUUAUCGAUAACGAGGGAAAUUUAAAGCUUGCUGAUUUUGGGCUUGCACGGUCAUACUCUCAUGAUCAUUCUGGGAAUCUCACUAACCGUGUCAUCACACUGUGGUAUAGGCCCCCUGAGUUGUUACUUGGUGCCACGAAAUAUGGACCAGCGAUUGACAUGUGGUCUGUUGGUUGCAUAUUUGCUGAACUUUUGAAUGGUAAACCAAUCUUGCCUGGUAAAACUGAGAAUGAACAGUUGAAUAAGAUUUAUGAACUUUGUGGAUCACCUGAUGAGAACAACUGGCCUGGGGUUACGAAGAUGCCUUGGUAUAACCAAAUGAAAUCAUCUCGGCCCUUGAAGAGACGUGUGAGAGAGGUCUACCGACAUUUUGACCGUCAUGCCCUUGAGCUGCUGGAGAAAAUGCUGGUGCUUGACCCUUCUCAGAGAAUAUCUGCAAAGGAUGCUCUUGACGCAGAGUACUUUUGGACUGACCCUUUGCCAUGUGAUCCAAAGAGUCUACCUACAUAUGAGUCAUCACACGAGUUCCAGACAAAGAAAAAGCGGCAACAAAUGCGUCAUAACGAGGAAGCAGCCAAAAAACAGAAACUGCAGCAUCCUCAGCAGCAGCAACACUCUCGUUUGCCUCCACAGCAACACGGUGGCGUUGGUCAGUCUCACGCCGCUCCACAUUGGCCUGCCGGACCAAACCACCCUGUUAACAACGGACCGCCACCACCGCAACUACCUGCCGGUGGACCUAGCGGCCACCACUACUAUCAAAAGGCCCGUGGCGGUGGUGGUGCACCUGGUCCAAACCGGUACCCUCCUAGCGGAAACCAAACCGGUGGUUAUAAUAAUAACCAGAGCCGUGGAGGUUACAGCAGCGGAUCGUAUCCUCCCCAAGGUCGUGGUGCACCGUAUGGCGCUGGUCCUAGAGGACCUAGCGGUGGGUAUGGUGCUGCUCCACCUAACUACUCACAAGGUAGUGGUGGUCAGUACGGUGGCUCUGGAAGAGGUCAGAACCCAAUGGGUGCUGCUAGAAACCAACAAUAUGGAUGGCAACCCUAAAGAGAGAGCUCAAAGACUCUCAUGUUGUGAUUCUAGUAAUGAAAGAGACACCAAGAAUCUGUCAUGUUGUAUUAUUACCUUGUCUUUAUGUAUGUUUAGAUACUGUUACACGACCAAAGCUUAUUUAUAAAUCAGAACAUAGGAAAACCAAAUUGGAGUUUCCAUAUCUUUUUUA